AUGCCCGUGAACCGCUACACCGCGCUCUUCAAUGGACAGCGCAGCCGGGGCGGCGCCUCCAGGCAGGGCCCCGCCGCCGCCCCACACGGGCUCGCUGCCCUGCCAGACCGGCCUGGCCUGCCGGGAGGUGCUGUUGCAGAGCCAGAGCGCUUCGCAGCCGCGGCAGCUGGCGCUGCGGCCCCGGCUGGCAGCGGAGUUGGUGCUUCGGCGGCGGCGGCUGCGGCUUCCUCGGGCGCACCCUCUAGGCGAUCAGCCGACGUGCGAGACAGCAAAGUCCAGGAGUGGCUGCAGGUGGCCAACAGGAACCGCAUCGGGCCCAAGCUGCAUGCGCUGAGGGAGGAGCAUCAGAGGGCGGGCCUGCCGCUGGAGCGGUACAGCAUGGCGCAUGUGCACCAGCUGGGCACCGCCCGGCAGGGCUGGGUGCAGCAGCCACGAGUUUACUGCAAGAACAUCCACCGCAAGCGCGACCGCGACGGCAGGAGUGUCCGAUGCGCGCAGUGCACCACCUGCCACUGGUGCAGGCAAAAGACUACCUGCAUGAAGACCCAGUGCUCUGCCUGCCACGGCAACCGAGACAACAUCUAUGGCGGUCCUUAUGCGGGAGUGAUUUGCGGCAACUGCCUGUGGACACGCUUUGCCAACAACUGCGUACGGACUAAGAAUGGCUGGAUCUGCACCGACCAGAUCAACACGGAGGCCACGAGUCUCGGAUACGAGUCGGUGGCUCACUACCUGGUGCUGGCCCAGCUGGAUGAGUCGCUGUGGGCCGACAUUACUGACAAUGUUAACAGCUUACAGCCGAUGGUGGACCGAGCAAUACUUGACCGUGCAGCGGCUGUCAAGCACCAGCGCAGUGCAAAGAACACUGCCUCCAGGCUACAGGAGGAUGCGGCGCCGCUGGUGGAGCGCCAGCUGGCAGCAGUGCAUGCUGCCGUAGGCUUCUCUGCGCAGCGAGCGCUGGAGAUAGCCAACAGCAACCGGCGGCUGCUGGCGCAGCUAGGCUUUGGGCACAGCACUCUUGCGGCAGACUUGCGAGAAGACGAGGAGGAGGAGGAGGAGGAGGAUAUGGCUUCUCCUGGCAGUGAAGUUGCACCAGAUGCGGGCAAGGCCGCAGGUGCCACCACUCGAGCACCUGUGUCUUUUCCAGCAGCCGCUGUGGAUCCCGGCAAGUACAACGUCAACAUGGCAGCGCUGCAAGGCAUUCUCACAGACGCUAAUAAGUGCCUGGCGGAGCCUUUUUUGGCUGACAUGCUGAUCGGGCUGUACAACUUUCUGGCCGGUGUACUGCCUGAUGAUGCUGUGAGGUGGCAGAUUGUGCCGCGCCUACUGCGCCAGGACUGUUUUGUGGACUUUGCCAACAGCGGUCACGCUGCCCGCUUGCUCCUGGUGGAAGGCAUGAUGAGCCUUCUGCAGACGCUGCGCGGGCGCCAGCUGUGUAUCAAGGACACCUGCCAAUCUAUUGCCAGCGCAGUGGCCACAAUGGCAACGGAGCUGCAAGCCACCUCGGAGCUGCUGAGCGAGGUGCUGGAUGCAGAAGAUAGCCCAAUUCAGCAACAUCCCACGCAGGAUUGGCGCAUUGGACCAUAUGUGUAUGAUGCGGAGGAGCGCCGCAAGGAUGUCGGGCGUGUCUUCUCACAGCUUGAAGCCAACUACAGCUUCUCCAACCGCAUGUACCGGUGCUUUGGCAUGGCGCUCAUGGCUGACACGCUCCGGGUUAGUGGAACACACAAGGAUGCUGCCCUCUUUGAUGACGUGGUGCUGGCGCGCCUUGCCGAUUCCCUGCUGACGGACACCGGAAACCAGGGAAACGGCAAUGGCAUGGCCCAGCUGCGGGAUUACGUGCUGGCCACCUUUGUCAGACGCUACCUGGGCCGUAGCCACCUGCGCCACGUCAGAAAUGAGCGCAACGCUGUCAAUGCUGUGCGCUUUUUGCAGGUGUCGCCCAAGUUGCUACCACUCAGCAGCGAGGUGGCAGUGGAUGCCAGCAACAAGCUACUCCACCGCCUGCUGGACCGCCAACAGUACUCUGUUCAGCCGCUGGAGCAGCUGGUGCAGCGGCAGGGCCAGCAGCUGGAGCUAAUGCUGAAAGAGGAGGUGGCAGCAAGCGACGGCGAGCGGGGCAGCACGCAGUUCCGCCCAGCUGACUUCAACUGGACUGCAGCAGGCACAGCGAUGCAGCUCAUUCGGGCGUUUUUGAAGGCUGGCAAGGCAGAAGUCGCUGCGCAAGCCGUGCUCAGCCCCGUGCAGCCAGGCGCGGCAGCAGAUGUUGCGCAGGCGGCAAGCGGGAGCUGGGAGCAGCUGCCAGCUGGCUACCAAUGGGCAUUGGCUUGCAUUCCGGCGCUCGACGCAUUGGUGCCGCUGGGCGAGAGCAAGUUGGGACCGCUGAAGGAGCAGUACAAGGAGCUGCAGAAGGCAGCAUCCAUUGCCAUGCCGGACCGUUUCCGGCGGCGCUCCAAGCAGUCUGGUCGUCAGCUCCAGCAACCAGCAGCACCCACACCAGCAGCACAGCUGCAGCAGCCGGAUGUUGCAGGUCAGCAGCAACAUGUGUCAGAUGCCAGCCAGCAGCCGCAGCGGCACCGCAUGCAUGUCACGCACAAUGUGCAAUUUGAUCGGCUGGGCUUCCUGGAGCCACGCUCCAAGGUGGCUGCGGUGGGCGUGCUGGCCAACUUUGGAAUCACCGCAGAGCUAAGCUGA